UCGGGAAAACAAAGAUGGCCACGAGAAGAACUCGACCCCAAGGAGAAUCCAACAAAGCUCCUUCUUCAGACUCAAAUACCAGCGAAAAAGGAGAUUCAGAUACCAAGUACAGUGAUUAUACCAGUGAAAAUGUCUGGUGUCCAAAGCCAUAUACCAUGUUCAAGCUUCUUCUCUCUGCUAGAUUCUGUUCUGCAUUUCUGAGUAACAUAUCAGACUGUGACGAGACAUUCAACUACUGGGAACCAACCCAUUACUUGUUAUAUGGAACAGGAUUCCAGACAUGGGAAUACUCACCUCAGUUUGCCAUCAGAUCUUAUGGUUACUUGUUAUUGAAUUCAGUUUCUGGUUUCCUGCAAGUUCAUUUAUUCAAGGCCAACAAGGUUUUGGUCUUUUAUUUUCUUCGCUUCAUUCUGUCUAUUAUUUGUGCAGCUUCAGAGUCUUAUUUUUACAGUGGAAUUAUCAGGCAAUUUGGUAGCCAUGUGGCUCGAUUGUCUGCAGUUUUUAUGGUCUUUGCUACUGGAAUGUUUAUUUCCGCUGCAGCCUUCCUUCCAAGUACAUUUGCUAUGUACAUGGUGUUGUUAUCUUAUGGAGGCUGGUUUACUGGACACUAUCCUAUUGCAGUUGUCUGUACUGCUGCAGGAGCCUUAGUAGGAUGGCCUUUUAGUGCUGUUUUGGGGGCUCCUAUUGCAUGGGACAUUGUCAUACGGCAAAGAAGACUUCGUUACUUUCUGGAAUGGUGUAUUAUAUCACUUAUAGCUGUAUUAGGACCACUGGUAUACAUUGAUUCUGCCUACUAUGGUAAAGUGGUUAUUGCACCCUUAAAUAUCGUCAUGUACAACGUGUUUGGCAAGGGAGGCCCAGAUCUUUAUGGUGUUGAGCAUUGGACAUUUUAUUUUAUAAAUGGAUUUCUUAAUUUCAAUGUAGUCUUCCUAAUGGCUGUACUUGUGUUUCCCAUAUGUGUUUUUGUCAAGCUUUUGGUAAAGGAAAAAAAUGAAAGAAGGAAAUUUCCUUCAUCACGUUUACCAGUUUGGUUUCCAAUGGCUGCCAUGUACAUAUGGAUUGGUAUAUUCUUUACAAGACCACACAAAGAGGAAAGGUUUUUGUUUCCUAUAUAUCCAUUGUUCAUUCUGUUUGGUGCAGUAUCGUUAUCCAAAGUACAGAAACUUUUCCAUCACCUUUUUACCCGUACAAACCGACAACACUAUUCUGUAUCGUCUACUUGGCUUGCCGUGACUGUUGGUGUGGUAUUCUCGCUUCUUUCCCUAUCAAGAUCCAGCGCUUUGUUUUACGGCUAUCAUGCACCGCUCGACUUGUACCUUGAGAUCAAUCACAUGACAGAGAACCUUGAUAAAUACGUCAAUCGAAACACAAGUAGAAUCAAUGUUUGUGUAGGCAAGGAGUGGUAUCGGUAUCCAAGCAGCUUUUUCUUACCAGAUGACAGGUGGCGCUUACAAUUUAUUGAAUCAGAAUUCAGAGCUCAACUCCCUAAACCCUACGCCACGGGCAGCAACGCAACGAUGAUUAUCCCCACCGACAUGAAUGAUAUGAAUAAGGAAGAGCCCUCAAGAUAUGUGCCGUUAAAUCAGUGUCAUUUUCUGGUUGACAUGGAUACCGGCAGAGAAACAGCACGAGAACCAAACUAUUCAAAACAAAAAAAUCGAUGGGCUGUCAUAGCAACCAAACCGUUCCUUGACAACGAAAGAUCACAUCGACUCUUACGAGCGUUUUACGUUCCGUUUCUCUCCGAGAGCUUCACUCGAUAUAACGAUUACAAUCUACUUUGGUCUUUGAAAGCGAAAACGAAUGGUAAAAAAAGACGACGACAAAAAGUGCAUUAUAGAGUAGAAAAGGAGAAAUAACAUGACUGAGCCCAAAUACGAAUCAUCGUAGUAUAAAAAAUGAUAGAAUAAAUAUCUGUGAUUGUCUUAAUAUGGUAACUGGGUUCCCUGUUCUUCGCGUCGUUGACAAUGGAUUGAUAACUUAUGACAUAACUUAUAACUUCGAGGACCACCUGAAAACUGUCAGUCUGAUUACAGUGUACCCUGUCCAAUAAAGUUAUUAUUAUUAUUAAUAUUA